UCGAGCCCCUGUCAACAUCAGAUUUUCUCCUGUGAUAUUUACAAUGCAUAAAAGACGCUGAGCCUGGUUGUCUUCACAACUCUUGGUGUUUACACGGACUCAAAGGACGCCGACAGCGGGUAUUACCUUUAACGUGAGUAAGUACUGGUCGCGAUUGUGUUGGUUUAUAUACUUACACAGCUGAUCCUCCAUAAAUCUGACACCCCUCUCACCUGUCAACUCACACAGUCCAAGUGGAGUGUUGGGAACAGAACACUCGCCCACAGCAGAACAGAGCAUAGCAGACCAGAACCUUCUCCAUCAACGCAACUACCGAAACGCAGAUAAUACACACCAAGGCACAUGUCGUCCGGCGGAAACAGUUCUAGCCUGGCCGAGAAGCCACUUCCGGUUCCGGUUGUUUCACAGCAGAAGCAGUCAUGGGUGAAAAGAAUAAAGCUGAAAAUGGCUAGUCCUGUGUACAGAGAAAAGUUCUACUACACUUUGGGCUUGUAUCUCUCGUCUUUCUUCUCUGGAUGGAUAGUUGGACUGAAGGGACCAGCGUUCCUCGACCUUCAGCAGAUCACUGGAGUUGGCACAAGCAAGGGUGCAGCCUUCUUCACAGCUGCAGCCGUCGGAGGUGUAGUUGGAAGUUUGGUCGGUGGCGCUCUCUACGACAGAUUCAACCGUCACGUGGUUCUGUUUGUGUCAUCCUUCCUGUAUGCUGUGACGUGUGCAAUCAUCCCCUGGUGUUCUGUGUACUGGACAAUGGUCAUGAUGUUCCUGUUACACGAACUGGUUACAGGAGCUGCCAGGUCAGGUACAAACGUGGAGAUCGUGGAGGAGUGGGGCGACGAGGGCAAACCCUUCAUGCAGGCUCUGCAUUUUUCCUUCUCUCUCGGGGCAACCGUUGCCCCCUUCGUCCUUGAACCAUUCCUCUCCCCAGAACCUGUGACAGAUACAGCUAACGCUUCUUUCACAACAACAAAUGACCCCUCCUUCACGACAACAACUUCCAGCAUGACGACUAUGGCACCCCCUAGGCCAGAGAGUAAUAUCCAUUAUGGCUUCCUCAUUGCUGCUGUUCUCUCAGGGUUGUCAUCCUUCGUGUUCCUCAUCAAAAACUUCCACGAAAAGAACAAGGGUACAGGUAACAUUCGACGGAAGGACACACAAAAGGACACCAAGGACCAGGAAGAGGAAGAAGGUCCCGUGAGGAAGAAGAGAACCCUCCCUCGACAUCUUCUCAUCAUCACCCUGGCACUCUUUGCUCUCUUCUACUUCUUCUUGGAUGAAGUAGAGGACACCUCUCCUUCUUUCUUGGCUGUGUUUGUCGUGAAGCAGAUGAAUUGGACAAAGAAAUAUGGUGGACGCCUGUCUUCCGCCUUCUGGGCCUCCUACACAGCAGGGAGAGGGGUUGGCAUCAUCCUCAUCAGUUUCGUCACACACACCCAGUUCUUCACCAUCUGUUGUGUGGUCCUCUGCACGUCCCAGCUCGGUCUCCUUCUGUCAGCCACCUAUGGAUUUGGUACAGGAAUCUGGAUCAGCAUUGUUGGUAUUGGGCUGGCGAUCUCAGUGGUGUUCCCUGCAAGUCUCACUUGGACAGAGAAGGAACUUGUCCAGCUCUCAGGGAAGCUGAUGGGAGUCAUCUAUGUUGCCUUGAGUCUUGGCGGACUUGCAAACCCUCAGAUCAUUGGGGUGACUAUGGAUCUAUAUUCACCAAUGUGGUACAGCUAUGUUUUAUUUGCGGAGAGCAUCUUGUUUUCAAUCACCUUCCUUAUUUUGGUGGCGUUUGUAAAGAAGGUACUCUCAAAACACAAACAGGAAACACCUAAGGUUGUUGAAGUUGUCAGGAUAUGAUUAAGAGGGGAGGCAACUAUGCAAGUGGUUUGAAAUCAUGUUUGUCACUUAUACCAGUACAUAAUCCAUUUUUUAAAAUAUCUUUUUAUAUUUUUUUUUAUUCAUUCAAAAUCAGUAGAUACAUGUAUACAAAGUACAUGAUGCAACAACACUUGUACACCGUAGAACAUAAUCUUGCUGUAAUAGUCUAAAUAGUGAUUGUUUGUCAAUAGCAUAGUUACGAUUGAUUUCUACAGCAGGCUUUUCUGCGAAUCAACAGGGAUCUUAUUUUAAGGCAGCAAAAAUAUCAAGAAACCCGGUCUCACAUGCUUUCAUAAAUGUUGUCCCAUUGCUUAUUUUGUACAAUAUGUUUUUUUGAGUAAACAGUUGUCUUUC